AUGUCUCCUCUCAAGAGCAUCAGUGCAUUGAGCCGUGCCAAGGCUACAUUCAACAAGGGAAAGUCCAAGGAUGAACGAUUUGCUCAAUUUGAGAAUGAGGACGGCAACGUCUUUGAUGGCGAGCAUUAUGAUUCUUCAGACAAUGUCUUCGACGACGGGCGCCUUCCCACCGAGAGCCGUCUCAGAGGUGGAGAGCAUGUCGAGGAAGAUUCGCGCCUCAAGACCAUCGUCACAUGGACCAAUCGCAACGCGGCCAAGGAAGAGAGCAAUGAGGUGGAUGCUCAGGACAUUUACCCGUCCACUGCUUGUAUUUUUGUUGCCAACCUGGCCUCCAACGUAUCAGAUGAAGAACUUGAGGAGGAAGUCAUGGCCGUCUUUGAGAAGUUCGGCAAGGCAUUCGUCAAACUCCGCCGCGAUACCCGCAACAUGCCGUAUGCUUUCGUGCAAUACACUUCGGACAAUGAUGCUCAACGUGCUUUCGAGAAGGCACAAGGAAUCAAGAUCAGCGACCGUUGCUGCCGUGUCGAAAAGGCCAAGGCCAACUCUGUCUUUGCAGUGUCCAAGAGAUCCGGAGAGCCCAUCUCCGAGGAGGAAGCUGCACGCUUGCUCCGCCCUCUCGGGCAACUUUCUGAGGUUACUCCUCUGGACUAUGAGACUCAACGAAAGUUCAACUUGCCUCCAUCAAUCCGUAUCCAGUUCACUUUGUUUGACUCUGGACGGGACCCUGUCAGGGCCUUCAAGGACCACCGAUUCUUUCGAGUCACGUCGCUUGAGUUGAACAAGGCGCCUGCUUCGGCCAACUCCGUGAACGCCAAGAGAGAAUUGGUUAAUAAACGAUCGGUAUUCAUCGGGGAUUUGCCUCCCAACUCGUCGGAAGAGGAAAUCAGGGAGAUGGCUAUUGGCUGCGGCAAAGUCCUUGCUGUCAAGGUCCGAACUCGAUCAUAUGUUGGAAGUACAGAGGAGAUCUGCUUUGCUUUUGUCGAGUUCGAGUCUGUGGAAUCUGUGCAGGACAUGAUUGCGGCAUUUGAUGGAAUCGAACUCCGUGGUUACAAGCUGCGCCUGCAACAGCGCCAGUCUCGCACCGUCCUGUCUGCCGAGGACCCAUUGACGCCCACGCCGGGGCGAGGCCGACCCAGAGCUGCCAAUUCCACCCCAUCUUCAUCUCGGCACACUAUGCCCGAGUCCUGGAGAGGCAAGCAAGCCAGACAGCCCACCGACGAGCCUCUCAAGACCCCAUCUCGGGCUCCCACCCGUGUGUACCCUUCAUCUGAUCGGGCGCACACUGAAGGUCGCUGGGGACGCAUCCCAGGUGAUAGAGCCAACAUCUCGAUGGAGAGCUCCUCUGCCUCUGCCACACCCCAGACUACAAUGGCAGAAAACAUCAACGCCGCCCAUCAGGGUGCCUUGAUGAGGUACCUUGAGCAGACGUCUGAGCAAGCCAGUAUGCUUGCUCAAAUGAAUCACCUCACCCCACCAAGUGCCCAGCGAGCACUUGUUGCCGGUGCAACCCCGGGAGCUGCCAUGCCUUAUGGGAUGAACCCGUUCAUGAUGUCGCCUAUCAGUCCUCUGGCUUCAUUCCAGGCCCCUGCGUACAUGAACGCGGGUGGUGUGCCUGUACCCGGGCACUUUUAUGCAUCCCCAUUCGGAGGGUUUGACAUGCCUGGCUACAUGCCAUAUCCAUGCAUUCGACCUCAGGAGCCAGUCAUGACGGCUCCCAGCGGUGACGAAACUCCCACUCGAGGCCAUUACACUCGUAACCGGGGCGAGCCAUACUCCAACGGCUCCCCUUCUCACACAAAUCAGGGAGAGUAUUGA